CAUUUUCGGCUGCGGACUCGAGCGUUGGCCGAAAAGCUUUCAUUCGGAUGUGGUCUCCGAAUUUAGUCAGUCGCUCGUCGGCAGUCUAACAAGGUACAAUGUGGUCGCCGCGGGUUGCCCUGCUUUUCCUGGCCCUAGCACUUAGCCAACCGGACGAGUUGGUGGAGGCCGCUGGUCCGCUGAAGGUGCUGGGUCUGUUUCCCCAUCCCGGAGUUAGCCACUUCCACUUCUUCCACCCCAUCAUGAAAGGUCUGGCGGAGGCGGGUCAUGACGUGAGCGUGGUUUCCCACUUCCCGGACAAGCAUCCGGUUGCCCACUACAAGGAUUUCCCCCUCACCGGGAUGGACAAGCUCACGAACAGUGUUGAUCUCAAUUUUUUCGAGAAGCGCACAUUCUACAGUCACUUCCAGGAGUUCUUCCUGCUGCACGACUGGGGCAAACAGACAUGCAACCUGACGCUCCGGUCGGAAGCACUGCAACAGAUCCUCAGGCGUCCGGGACGCUUUGAUGUGAUCAUCAUGGAGCAAUUCAAUACCGACUGCAUGAUGGGAGUGGCCCACCAGCUCCAGGCGCCGGUGAUCGCCUUGAGCAGCUGUGUGAUGAUGCCCUGGCACUUUGAGCGAAUGGGAGCUCCUCUGAUACCCUCCCACAUCCCGGCGCUCUUUAUGGCCCAGUCGCAGCACAUGAACUUUGGCGGACGACUGGCCAAUUGGUUCAGCACCCACGCCUUAAAUUGGAUGUACAAAUUACUAUCGGUUCCCGCUGCCGACGCCAUGGUUCAGUACAAAUUCGGCCACGACGUGCCUUCCGUGGGUGAGCUGGUAAAGAACACAUCCAUGUUCUUUGUGAACCAGCAUUACUCGCUGUCUGGACCCAAGGUAACGCCGCCCAAUGUCAUCGAGCUGGGUGGCAUCCACAUCCAGAAAUCGAAGCCCCUGCCCGCCGAUCUGCAGCGCAUUCUGGACAAUGCUGAGGAAGGAGUGAUCCUGAUUAGUUGGGGAUCAAUGAUCCGGGCGAAUUCCCUGUCGGCGGCGAAAAGGGAUGGCAUUAUUCGGGCGGUGGCUCGAUUGAAGCAGAAGGUUAUCUGGAAGUGGGAGAACGAAACACUGCCUAACCAGCCACCCAACAUGCACAUUAUGAAGUGGUUGCCUCAACGCGAUAUCCUCUGUCAUCCCAACGUCAAGGUGUUUAUGUCCCACGGCGGACUCAUGGGCACCUCGGAGGCAGCUUACUGUGGAGUCCCAGUGGUUGCGACGCCCAUGUAUGGCGAUCAGUUUGUCAAUACGGCCGCUUUGGUCGAGCGAGGCAUGGGAACCAUCCUGAAUUUCGAGGACAUAGGCGAAAACACGGUGAUGAGGGCACUGAAGAAGGCUUUGGACAAAAAGUUCCACGAUGCUGCCAAGGUCGUCUCCCACUCGUUCCACCACCGCCCACAGCAGGCCCUACAUACAUCCAUUUGGUGGGUGGAGCAUGUGGCCCACACUGGCGGAGCUCCCCUGCUGAAGCCCAGUGCCGUCGAGAUGUCCCGAUUCGUGUACUACUCCCUGGACGUCUAUGCCGUUUUGGCCCUCGUCCUGGGCAGCAUCAUUGCUAGUUGGGUGUGGCUCCUUCGACUCUGUUGCGGAUCCAGUGCCGCCCAGAAGACUAAGAAGGAUUACACAAUGAGUGGCUGGAAGGCUUUCUGCCUGCUGGCGCUACUUUCCCUGGUGGCUUCCAGCGAUUCCCUGCGAAUUUUGGGUCUGUUUCCGCACCCGGCCAUCAGUCACUUCAAGUUCUUUCACCCAAUCAUGCGCGGAUUGGCAGAGGGUGGUCACAGCGUGGAUGUCAUCAGUCCCUUCGAGGACAAGGACCCUCCGCAGGGAUACAAGGACCACUUGCUGCCGCCCUCCAACUUGACAGACACUAUUAGCUUAGAGGACUUCGAGCGGCCCUUCAACUUCCUAUUUCACUAUAUAGAGUUCUUUAUCCUGCACAACAUGGGAAAAGAGGACUGCAACACCACACUGCACAGCAGAGCCUUAUCAGAGAUCCUUAAGAAUCCUCCGGGCUACUACGAUGUUAUUUUACUAGAGCAGUUCAAUAUUGACUGUGCGAUUAGUGUGGCCCAUGUGCUCCAAGCCCCGGUCAUUGGAAUGAGCAGCUGUGCCCUGAUGCCAUGGCACUAUGAACGAUUUGGAGCUCCUCUGAUCCCAUCGUAUAUAUCAGCAUUGUUCCAGGGACAAUCGCAGCAGAUGUCCUUUGCGGGACGAUUGGGCAACUGGAUUACUGUGCACUCCCUCAACUUGCUGUACAAAAUGUUCACAGUUCCCGCCGGAAAUGCCUUGAUUCGUCAAAGAUUCGGUCCUGGACUGCCGUCCACGGAGGACUUGGUGAGGAAUACUUCUCUGAUGCUAGUCAACCAGCACUUUUCGCUGAGUGGACCAAAGCCUUUGCCCCCAAACGUCAUCGAAGUGGGAGGUGUGCACAUAAGUCCACCGAAACCGUUGCCCUCCGAUCUUCAAAAAAUACUGGAUAACGCACCCAAAGGAGUCAUCCUAAUAAGCUGGGGCUCUCAGCUGAAAGCUAGUUCUCUUUCCGCUGCUCGAAGAGAUGGAAUCGUUAGAGCGAUUGGAAGAUUGGAGCAGGAGGUCAUCUGGAAGUAUGAAAAUGACACGUUGACCAAUAAGCCACCAAAUCUGCACAUCAGGAAGUGGCUACCUCAGCGAGACAUCCUCGCUCAUCCAAACCUAAAGGUAUUUAUGUCCCACGGUGGCUUAAUGGGCACCACGGAGGCGGUCUCCAGUGCUGUGCCCAUUGUGGGUGUCCCAAUUUAUGGCGACCAAUCGCUCAAUAUUGCCGCAUUGGUGCAGCGCGGAAUGGCCUUGCAACUGGAGCUUAAGAAACUGGAUGAAAAUACUGUCUACGAAGCGUUGACCAAGGCACUGGAUCCUGCUUUUAAGGCCAGAGCCACGGAGGUGGCCUCAGCGUACAACAACCGCAUCCAGGGUCCCUUGGAGACGGCCAUUUGGUGGGUGGAACAUGUGGCGGAGACGAAGGGAGCUCCUCUGAUCCAACCAAGUGCCGUGCAUCUCCCCCGCUUUGUUUACUACUCCUUGGAUGUCUACUUGGUCGUGGCCGUAACCCUGAUACUACCUGUGAUCACGCUUUUGGGACUAAUACGAAUGUGUAAAAGAAGAGAACCUAAAUGUGACCGCAAGCUGAAACGCAAAUAAACCCAAUCAAUAGAUUACUGUUUUGGUUUUCAAGAAUUACCUUUGGAUUUAAACUAUGAAAUUAAUUAUUGCUGAGGCAAAUACACGUGAUACAUUAUCAGAAA